AUGGCGUUUCGCGAGCGCGUCAAGCGGGUCCUGGGCCGCAACUCGUCCGCCAAGUCGACCUCGACCUCGUCCACUCUCUCCAAGAACAACUCGAAGAGCGACAGCUCCGUCUGGUAUCAGCCAGGGGAGCCGCUGCCCACGCCCAAGUACCGCCGCCCUGUCGCAAAAGAGCACAAGGAGAAGCUCGAGGCCUUCAACUUCGAGAAGGCCUGGCGUCGGCGGAGCGAUCAGAGCCUCUACUCGCCCAUGGGCAGCCGCUACCCCAGCCGGAGGAACAGUUUGACGAGCCGCAAGAGCAUGAACGCCCCGCGCAGGCAGGUCAUCGAGGACAUCAACGACGCUGGAGAUGUCGCCAAUGUCGGCGUUACCCCGCAGCAGCGCACCACACGUGAGAACACACGACUCAAGUCGGUGGCCAUGCGCUCCGAGCAGGGCUCCGAUCCUUCGUCGACCAGCUCGCGGCCGCACACGGGCACCACCAGCAACGGCAGCACCUUCACCCAACACGAGCUCAACCUUGCCCUGAAACGGUCGAACAUCGAGAUCCCGCCUUCUGCAUCGUAA